AUGAUCAAGAACAUUGGUAAACUCAAGCAGUGGACAGGCGAGAAGUUUGGCUCUGCAAAGACUACGUUACAGACUGAAGAUUUUCAGCGCCUCGAAGUUGAAACAGAGAGAAAGCGAAUGGCCUACGAAAAGCUGCAUGCUUCUGCUCUGAUCAUGCACACACAGCUAUUGAAGAGAAAGAUCUCGCCCGAGGACAACAAGUCAAAGCGCUUGCCCAACGAUAUUAUUGGUGUCUGUAUGAGCAACUAUGGCAAUGAGUUCACAGAUGAUUCGCCAUUAGGUAUUGCCAUGAUGAAUUUUGGUCAAGCACAAUCCAGAUUGGCUUCCUAUCAAGAGGACUAUGCUGAUACAAUGAAAAGUGGCUACAUGGAGAAAUUGGAUGAGGGCCUCGCGCACUUCAAGGAAUACCAGGCCCUUCGCAAGAAGCUAGAGUCUCGUCGAUUGGAUUACGACUCUAAAUUAGGCCGUUUGCAAAAGUCCAAAAAGGAGAAACCCGAUUUAGAGCAGGAAAUGCAAGCUGCUAAAAUGAAGUAUGAGGACUCUGAAUAUGAUGUGAUCCAAAAGAUGGCUCUCUUGCAAGAAUUCGAGGACGAACACUGUGAGGCCUUAGAAAACCUUUUACAGAUUCAAUUUGAAUAUUUCACUCGUUCAUUAGAGACGCUCAACGGAGUUAGAGCCAACUGGAAUCAACCCACAGCUACCAACAACAACAACUAUGCUCGUCAAUCAACAAAACGUACUCCCACUGGGUUAUCUCGCACAUCCAGCAACAACUCUACAGGAGAUGACAAUAUCAUUCGAUCGUCAAUGAACAGUAAUGUUGCAACAGCCUCGACGCUUGCACCCAGACGACUCUCCAUCAGCAGAAAUCCAAGCACAGACACCUCUGCAAGACGUAUCCCAAGCCGCAAAAACUCUGCCUUUAACGAUCGUGAUGAUCUUCCUAUUCCUUCCAGUCGUGCAACACCCCCACCAGCACCACCUGUAUUACCAAGAAGACAAUCACAAGCAUCGACUCACAAUGAUAACAAUCAGAGAAGAGCCAUCUACGACUUUGGAGGAGAUAACGCUGAUGAGCUCUCUUUCCGCACAGGUGACUUAAUUCAAGUGAUUGAAGAAGUAGAUGAAGGAUGGUGGCUGGGAGAAUCCACAGAUGCAAAUGGAUUUGUUCGUCGAGGUAUAUUCCCUGUAAAUUACACAGAACUGGUUAUUGUCAGCAGUGUUAGUAGUGCUGGACCACCUAUGCCUGCAAGACCUGUUCUAUCUCAAUCCAACUCGACUCAACAACAAUACAACGACUAUAUUCCUGAGCAUCCCGCAGAAGAAGAAGAGCAGCAAGCUCAUUAUACAGAGGAGCCUACCAAUGGCUAUCAUGGCAAUGCAUCUCCAUUUGGUGACAACAACCGGUCAUCCAAUACAACACCACCAGCAAGUAAUAAUGCAAGAGGCUUCUCAUACAUUCGUCCCAAUCAACCUGCCCGCACACUAUCCGCUUCCACUGCUGGUAAUGCCAUGAAUUCGCCCGGCAGUUCACCAGUGCCUCAACCCUACAAAAGAGCUCCUCCGCCUCCCCCGCCUAGUUCUCGCACGCCGCCUGUCAUGUCAACCACGAGAAGCUCAAAUACAUCUAUGAAACCCACUGGUGUACGCACUGCACCCUCCACUCCACAACAAUACAUGCAUCAACCGAAUAAUGACAAUUAUUUCGAUUCUGCUGCUGCAACGCCCGAUUGUGGUGAAUGUGGAUGUACUGAAUUUACAGCCAACAUAUUUAAAAAGGGACAUUGCAAUAACUGUUUCCACAAACAUUUUUAA